AUUAAAUAUUUUAGUAUUGGUUAGUAAAGCAUUUAAGAUUAUUUGGUAAUUUUAUAAAAAUGUUUAAGGUUUUGUCAGUUAUUUCCGUGAUGAUUAUGGUUUUUCUUUGUGUGUUCUAUUACAUGUAUCCAAGUGUUUUCAAGAAAUAUAAUCACAAACUGGUUAAUCCAGGAACUUGGGGAACAAUUGAAAUUGUUCAAGAAAAACCAAUUGGCAAUAUAAAAAACAUCUUUCAUUCCCAAAUCUUGUGGCAAAUUCUGGAAAACCUCUGCGGUUUUGUUACUGGAGUUCUCUUCUGUGGUUUGAUUGGACGAUCAUUUAGCAAUACACAUUUGACAUCGAUGGAAAACUCAUUGAAAGAAAGUACUAAACGGCUUCAUGAGCUUCAACAGCAGGUAGCCAACCUUAGAGAAAAGCUACUUACACAAGAAAGCAUGGAUACUCCGAUUUUAGCUGAGGAAAGCCAACUUCUAUUGACACAUGAGGAAGUUACACAUAUGAGUCAGGCGAGUGCGAGGAAACGUAUCAUGCUCGGAUUGUACCGAUCAGCCAAAUACCAAAGUUCCAUGAACUUCGGAAAGGACAAAAACCAAGAGCACAGACUCCGACGGCUUACGAUGAAAAAAAUCCUGUUUCUUCAAAAAAUACUAACCAAAUUAGUGACAGAACAUUGGGGACUCAACAAACUACUCCAAGGGUAA